AUGUCGCUGAAUACAAAUUUCCUUCAAGUACUUCAAGAGAAUCAGCUUGCAAGUCUUGCAAUUGCCACUCUCGCGGUCGUCGGUGCCUCUGUCGUAUCUUUAAAGACUUUGAGCUUUGUAAAGUUGUUAUUUGACGUCUAUGUGCGACCUGGAAAAAGCUUGAAGAGUUUCGGAGCUGGAACGGGCGCCUGGGCAGUCAUUACCGGCGCAUCCGACGGUAUCGGGAAGGAGUUUGCCCUGCAACUAGCGGCUGCUAAAUUUAACAUUCUCUUGGUGUCUCGAACGUUGUCAAAAUUACAAGAACUGGGAGAAGAAAUUGAGAAGAAAUAUCACGUCGAAUCAAAAGUGUUUGCCAUGGAUUUCACCAAGAGCGACCCCCAAGAUUACGAAAAUUUAAAGAAUAUAAUUGACCAACUUGAUGUUGGGGUAUUGGUGAACAAUGUUGCCACAAAUCACGAUAUUCCAACACCAUUCAUUCUUGAAACCGACGAACUGAUUCGUAAUAUUAUUGAGGUCAAUAUCUUUGGACUUUUGAAGGUUACGAAGAUUGUGUUGCCGAGAAUGCUGCCCAGCAAUAGAGGCCUGAUCAUUAACGUUGGUUCUUUUGCUGGAAUGAUCGCUACACCAUAUUUAUCGUUAUAUUCGGGUUCCAAGGCGUUCAUGAACACGUGGUCACAAGCAUUGGGUGCGGAGCUCAA